UCUUGACUAUCCAGCUUUUAUAAUACUGGUCAGGCAAUUGUAAUGACGCGCAUGCUUAGUAGGAAUUUUUUAAAUAACAGUUUUUUUGAUAAACAUCUCCAAUGUCAUAGCUCUCUGACAACGGCUCUACAAAGCAUUUUAUUGCCGCGUUUCUUCACAAAUACGGCGAGCGACAGCACCACCAUGGAUCUAAGUGGCAUGAGGAAAAAGUAUAAAGAAGAUGUGGAGUGCUUUGAAGAGAGUCACCUCGUUUCUUUAGACCCAAUCAAACAAUUUAGCAACUGGUUUGAUGAGGCUGCAAAGUGUCCCGAAAUUGGAGAGCCAAAUGCUAUGUGCAUUGCGACUGCUACUAAGGACGGGCGUCCAUCGUCUCGUAUGGUCCUCCUGAAAGGUUACAGUAACGAAGGCUUCCGUUUCUUCACAAACUACGAGAGCCGAAAAGGGACUGAACUGGAGAGCAAUCCAUACGCCUGCCUCUUGUUCUACUGGGAACCUCUCAACAGACAGGUUCGCAUUGAGGGGGAAGUGGAGCGGAUCCCCUAUCAGGAGUCAUGUGACUACUUCCACUCCCGACCGAAGAGCAACCAAAUUGGAGCAGUUGUGAGCAAACAAAGCAGCCCUAUUCCUAACAGAGAUUAUUUAAGGCAGAAAAAUACAGAACUGGAAGAGAAGUACAAGGACACAGAGGUACCAAUGCCUGAAUGCUGGGGCGGAUACAUUGUCCAACCGUACUCAAUGGAAUUCUGGCAGGGUCAGACCAACAGAAUUCAUGACCGCAUUGUAUUCAAGAAGCCAAAAAAGGGAGCGGCUGAGCUGGGAGAGUUUCACCACACUGCAGAGGGAGGCUGGUUCUACCAACGACUGUCUCCAUGACUACCUGAAUAGCUACCUGACGUGACUUUAUCAUUGACAAAUUGUCUUCACAAUAUUUACUAAUAAAAAUUAAAUCUCUCCAAGACACAAUAAUUAAAUAGGUUUUACAGUUGAAUUAUUCCAGUUGAGGUAUUGAUGUUAGCGGUUUGUGCGCAGUUAAAGAAGUGUUGUGUGCAAUCUCAGUGUGCUGUACAACUUCUGGUUUUCCUUUUUGGCUUAUAUUCACAGAAGAGUGAAAGCAAAUGACGUGGUAUCAAAGUGCCCUGCCUGGUACAAGAGCUCAAAGUCUGUCUGAUAUUGUCAAAUAAUGAUUGGCAGUGGAACUGAUUAUCCAGUAGUUGUUAUCGUUGUGGAAAAAGGAAGC